CCUCUGGCAUCUCAUACCCAUGUACGAUCGGCUCAUUCGGCGGUAUUCUUGCAGAUCGGCCCUUUGGUCGGUCUAUUUCUUGCUUUUCUCGCAAGGAUCAGCGAUGCGGAGACGAAACAUCCCCAACUUUUAUCUACCCUACCAGUUAAUAUUAAUAGGGCCAACUUCCCCGCUUGUUGUUGUGGGCUGAUCCCCAACCAAGAUCUCAAGCUGUUGCAGAUAUGGGAGUCUCCUGGAAAGUGUACCUGUACGGCCUGGCGCCGUGUACCGGCGGCCUAGCCUAUGGAUAUGAUACAGGAUCCCUGAGUGGCAUUCUAGCCAUGUCGCAGUUCCUCGACUACAUGAACCAUCCGGACUCCUUCCUCCAGGGCGGCAUAACCGCCUCGCUACAAGCUGGCUCCUUUGCAGGUUCCCUGCUGACAGGAGCCUUUUUGGCGGACCGACUGGGUCGUAAGAAGACCAUUUUUCUGGGCUCGUUGCUUUUCACCAUCGGUGUCGCCAUUUCCUGUGCUGCUAACGGGGUCGUCUGUCUCGUCGCCGGGCGCGUCAUCAAUGGCAUUAGCAACGGCUGUCUGGCCAUGAUGGUUCCUCUCUACCAGAGUGAGAUCUCGCCGCCAGAGAUCCGUGGUCGUAUCAUCUCCUUCCAGCAAUGCUUUAUCAACUUGGGUAUCCUUGUGGCGUUUUGGAUCCAGUACGGAACGACUUUCAUUGACGGGCAGGCCGCCUGGCGUCUGCCUGUGGGCCUUCAGAUGAUCCCUACUAUCACGUUGCAUAUCACCAUGUACUUCCUGCCGGAGUCCCCACGAUGGCUCGUCCAACGUGACGAGCACGAAAAGGCGCUGAAGGCUCUUGCGCAGAUGCACUCCAACGGCGACAUUAAUGACCCAUAUGUGCAGGCCGAGCUGGCCGAGAUUGAAUCCAAGAUCCAGUGGGAGCGUCAGCAUCCAGCCCCCUCCUAUCGCGAGAUGUUGUUUGGCAAGGAGCGCCGGCGGACCUGGCUGGGUAUCGGAGUGCAAUUCUUCCAACAAGUUACCGGUAUCAACGUAAUCAUGUACUAUGCCGUUUUCCUCUUCGAGCAGGCCGGGAUCUCCUCGACCAAGUCCUCGCUCCUGGCAAACGGCCUCGAGGGCGUUGUGCUUAACAUCUUCACUCUUCCAGACAUGUACUUUAUGGAUUCCUGGGGCCGGCGCACCCCGAUGGUGAUCGGCGGCGUUGGCAUGGGCAUUUCGAUGAUGUUGAUCGGAGUCAUCAUGAAAACAAAGGGCAACCCCGUCUAUGACGCCCUGACGCAAAAGACCGACUUCACCUUCAAGGACAAAAUGGCCUCCAACGCGGCCAUCGCAUUUGUCUACAUUUAUGUCAUGGUGUUUGCCCUCACCUGGGCCUGCGUUGCCUGGGUCUAUCCGCCUGAGCUGUUUAGCAUGAACAUGCGUGGCCGCGGCACGUCCAUGACCUCUGCCACCAACUGGUUUGUGAACUUCUGGUUCGGUCUCUACGUUCCAACCGCCAUGGAGAAGAUUUCGUGGGAGCUGUACAUGAUCUUCAUGGCCCUCUGCUACUUCAUGUCAAUCAUCAUCUAUCUGUUUUACCCGGAAACCGCGGGGAAAUCCCUCGAGGAAAUCGACUUUCUUUUCUCCAAGCAGCGGACCAGCUGGGUCUUCCGCGACCGCGAGGCAACUCGCGUGGGCGCCAUCUUCGAGCGUGAUUUUGCUCAUGGCGAGGCUCUUACCGUCUUUGACGAGAAGGAGGGCGGCGUUUCCAAGACAGAGCAUAUCGAGGGAGUUUGAUAUCUUUCGACUCUAGUUCGGAGUACAAUGUAGUCGGUAUAGCAUGAGUUGAUGACUUUAAGAAGGAAAAAAAAAAUACUAUUACAGUAUGUUAGAUGGUCUAUCGGGUAAUUGAUUGAUUUACUCUACAGGGAUGAGUGCCGAUCUCAGGGACAUUAUACAACGUCCGAUUGGUGAUUGGGAAUUGUGAGAAUACAACAUAACAAUACUACAUGGUCUCAUAAAUAAAUGGGGUG